AGGAAAGCCUCUCAUUUUGCUCCCUUCCUAUUUCACUUCUCAGCUCUCCUCCUUGAGCAAACUUAUUUUUCCCCUUCACUGUUUCUAUACUCUAAAAGAAAUGGCGGAGGAGAAGAAAGCCUCUGGGGUUUGGCCAAAGGUUAAACCUUUUGUCAAUGGUGGUGCCUCUGGCAUGCUUGCUACCUGUGUCAUCCAACCCAUCGAUAUGAUCAAGGUGAGAAUCCAACUGGGUCAGGGAUCGGCAGGAACUGUCACCAAGAACAUGCUUAAGGAGGAGGGCGUUCGUGCCUUUUACAAGGGGCUGUCUGCUGGACUUCUCAGGCAAGCUACAUACACAACUGCUCGACUGGGAUCAUUCAAGAUGUUGACAAACAAAGCAAUUGAAGCCAAUGAUGGGAAGCCCUUACCACUAUAUCAGAAGGCUUUGUGUGGUCUCACUGCUGGUGCUAUUGGAGCCUGUGUUGGCAGUCCAGCUGAUUUGGCACUUAUCCGAAUGCAGGCUGAUGCCACUUUGCCGGUUGCUCAGCGCCGGAAUUACUCCAAUGCAUUCCAUGCCCUUUAUCGGAUUGUUGCAGAUGAAGGGGUUUUGGCACUCUGGAAAGGUGCAGGCCCUACUGUAGUCAGAGCCAUGGCAUUGAACAUGGGAAUGCUUGCCUCAUACGACCAAAGUGUCGAGUUUUUCAAGGAUAACCUUGGCUUAGGAGAAGCUGCUACUGUGGUUGGUGCAAGUACCAUCUCAGGUUUCUUUGCUUCAGCGUGCAGUUUGCCUUUCGAUUACGUGAAAACACAAAUCCAGAAGAUGCAACCCGAUGCCUCGGGCAAGUAUCCGUACACCGGCUCCUUGGACUGUGCUGUGAAGACCCUCAAGUCUGGGGGUCCAUUCAAAUUUUACACAGGAUUCCCUGUAUAUUGUGUUAGAAUUGCUCCUCACGUCAUGAUGACUUGGAUAUUCCUCAACCAGAUUCAGAAGGCCGAGAAAAAAAUCGGCUUGUAGAAGUGUUGUCGCUUGUCGGAGAUGGGUUGAUUGCAUCGAAUAAAAGCGUUAUUUUUUGGCUUGGUUCUUGCCAAUCAUACAAAUUUUGAAGUGGAUUUCAAAUCAAUGUUGUCUUAUUUUGUUUGUAGGAUGAUUGAAACAGGAGCUUUAGGAUUAUCAUUUCAAAUCAAUGGUGGCUCACAAGGAACUUUUGAUUU